AUAUGGGUGUUCAAUAAAAUACCAUUUUAAUGGAUCUGUUUCCAAGUUUAAAUAUUUCCAGAAUGUUCCUUCGAAAUAUUUGGUGUUCCCUGACCUAUGUUUACUUCGUAGAAAAGCUGUAUGAUCCGUAAGGCAUAUCUUCAACGAUGCUGUGACAAAAAAUAAAAUGGAAUUUCUUGUUUGAUGAGUUAAAGAAAUAACAACACAGCAAAGUCAGGAGAAACGUUUGAUAGAAGAUGAGUAGGCUUUUCUGUUGGGGUAGCAACCAGUCAGGGCAGCUUGGUAUUGGAAACUUAGAACAACAAAAGGUCACAGAGCCAGUCAUAGUAAAGGACCCACCAAAGGGUGACAUUACACAGAUUGUAUGUGGAGAAUCACAUACAUUGUUUGUGCUCAAAGACGGUCGUAUAUAUUCCUGUGGAAACAAUGACUACGGGCAGCUAGGACAUAAUAAAAGAACUUCCAUACCAGAACAAAUAGAUGACCUGAAAGCUCAGACAGUUUUACUUGCUGCAGUUGGUGUAUCUCAUAGUGUGUGCCUGACUGGUGCUGGUGAACUCUUCAGCUGGGGAAAUAAUUCAUGUGGUCAGUUAGGUAGAGGCCAGCCUGACCCAGAACUAUGCAGAAAACCUAAGUUAAUCAAGUUUCCACAUACUGUUGUCCAAGUGUGCAGUGGAAGAUACCACAAUAUGCUUCUUACAGAUGAUGGAAGAAUAUUUUGUUGGGGUGACAACAAGUUUGGGCAGCUGGGAUUAGGUCAUACGACACAUCAAGAUACACCCCAGUAUAUAGCUAGUCUCAAAGGAAUUCCUGUAGCCCAGGUUGUUUGUGGGGGCUCACAUACCCUACUUCUCUCAAAGUCUGGGGCAAUCUUCGGAUGGGGAAGAAAUUGUUUCGGUCAACUUGGCUUGAAUGAUGAAUUGGAUCGACAAUUUCCAUGUUCAUGUAAAUCAUUGCGCAAUCAGAGAGUGUGUUAUAUAGCAUGUGGUGAGGAUUACACUGCAGCUCUCACGCUAGAUGGUGGACUGUUUACGUUUGGUGCAGGUACAUAUGGGCAGCUAGGACAUGGCUCCAAAACACAAGAAAUUUUACCAAAAAAAGUAACAGAACUGAUGGGUUCUGAUGUGGCACAGAUAGCCUGCGGAAGGCGGCACUGUUUAGUGUUUGUAUGUGAUAGUGGGAGGGUGUAUGGGUUUGGCUCAGAAGCUAAUGGUCAGCUGUGUACAAACAGUGCGGACGUGAAGUCACUGCCAGUGUUAAUUCGUGGACCGUUUGUGGCGUUCAGUAAAACAGGUACACCAAUGGACACAGGAAAUGGUGCAAAAUUUGUGAUAAACAUUAUAUCAGCUGGUGGCGAUCACUGUUUUCUGUGGGCUGUCACACCAGAGAUCAAGCUGCCUCCAUUAGAUCACAAAAGUUGGAGUUCAGCAUUUAAAAUCAAAACACUGUCUCUAGAUAUAAUAGAUAAAGUAUCCAAGCUGACGUCAAGCGAUGAUAUACCUGUAGAAUUUGAAGAGGAAGUCACUAGAAUAUUUUCUUCUUCAUCCUGUUUAAACUCAUCCUUCUUACUGAAGGGUAAUGAGCACUAUGGUAGUAGUAGCAAGAAACAUGGAGUAGAUAUGGAGUUAGUUAGAGCACAGUUUGAAAAAAUGAGCGAAACAUCAAAUGUUGUCAUCAUUCAGAAGAUAUUGCAAAGUUUAGGUAGCUGCUUGUAUCCCAGUCUUCCAAAGUCCCCACCCGAUGUUGAAGCCUUACGUUUAUACCUCAUACUGCCUUAUCUCCAUAUGUUUGAACAACCAAAGUACUACAGCACUCUGAUAGAGCCACUCGGCAAGUCCAUAAUCAGUCUCGAGAAACCAGCUUCCAGAGUUCUUGAUUUGUGGUGGGGGAGCUUUACAUCUCCAUUUUUUCUCAGGGUUGUGUAUGUUUUCAAAGAAACUGUGAUAUAUAUUCUUCAAUUGCCAGAUCCACAACAACUCAAAGAGAUGGAGACACGGUAUCAGGCCUUGUUUAUAUCACUAGAAGUGCUGAAGAAACUGAACAUAGUGAAUGAACAAAAUGGCCAGAUUAUUCCAUACAAUAAGUUCUAUAUCAACGACUUGAAAGACAAGGUCAAUCUGAAAGGUGAUUAUGUCAAUUGGGUACAAACGCAGAAUCAAGCAAAAUAUACUACAGGGCAAAGACUACUAUUCUGUAACUAUCCAUUCACCUUUGAUGCUGCUGCCAAAAGUUUACUUCUUCAAACAGAUGCCUUAUUACAAAUGCAGUCAGCAAUAGAAGAAGUCCAGCGUAGAAAUUUUCAGAGUUUAUUUCUCCCAAUAGACCCUGUGAACCCUUGUUUGGUGUUUUAUGUGUCACGGACAAACAUUGUACAUGAUACCCUUCGACAGUUGAUGAACCUGGGCAGUGCAGAUCUCAAGAAACCAUUAAAGGUUACAUUUUCUGGUGAUGAGGAGACAAUAGAUGCCGGAGGGGUGAAAAAGGAAUUCUUUAUGUUACUGCUGAGGGAGCUGCUGGAUCCAAAAUACGGGAUGUUCAAGUUUUAUGAGGAAUCCAGAAUGCAAUGGUUCUCUCCACUUGCAUUUGAAGACCAUCAGAUGUAUUGUUUGAUAGGAUGUUUAUGUGGCCUGGCUAUAUACAACUCAGUCAUUAUACAGCUUAGUUUUCCAUUAGUUUUGUUCAAAAAGCUUUUAAAUGGGAAACCUACAUUAGAUGAUAUAGUAGAACUAAUGCCUACAGUGGGAAGGAGUUUUGAAAGUCUUCUCAAUUAUGAUGGGGAUGAUAUAGAGGAUGUUUUCUGUCUUACAUUUGAGAUAAGCCAGGAAUGUUUUGGAGAAACAAAAACAGUAGAGUUGGUUUCUGGUGGUUCUUCCAAGAUUGUUAAUAAGGAAAACAGGAAAGAGUUUGUAGACCUGUAUGUAAACUAUAUCUUUAACAAGUCUGUGGAGAGCCAUUUUAGUUCUUUCUACACAGGAUUCCAUAAAGUUUGUGGUGGUAGAGUUUUGGAGUUGUUCCAUCCAGAGGAGCUCAGGUCAAUGGUAAUUGGAAAUGAAAAUUAUGAUUUUCACGAGCUAGAAAAGAACACAGAAUACAAGGGAGACUAUCACAGAUAUCAUCAAACUAUAAAACAUUUCUGGGACGUGUUCCAUGAUCUCACUUUAGAGGACAAGAAGAAGUUUCUAUUAUACCUAACUGGUAGUGACAAAAUUCCAAUAGUGGGGAUGAAACACGUAAAGCUUGUGAUACAGCCAAUGAAUGUAGCAGAGAAAUAUCUACCCGUGGCUCAUACCUGUUUUAACCUUCUCGAUCUUCCAAAAUACACAACAAAAGAGACUAUGAAAACAAAACUGUUACAGGCCAUACAACAGACAGAAGGUUUUGGACUUGUUUAGUAAAACUAUGUAGAAUUGCUAGAACUGAGCAAGAUUCACAGCUUCAGUGGUUGACUUUUAAGUUGGAUGCAAAAAUUUCUUGUAUGAUGCCCAUCUAUGAAAUUUUACUAUGGAUUGUUCAGAAACUUUGAAUAGCAUGUUGAAUGCCUAACUUAUGAGCUAAUUUAUUAAAAAAACAUGACUUUUUAAAAAGUGUUCCUAAUGUACAGUACUGCUGUGUUGCAAAAAUAUGCAUUAAUCAGAAUAGUUUUACCUUGAUGUAUUCAAGGUUGGAUGGUUUGUGAACUAUAAUUAAUCGUCUUACAUUAUAUUGUCUGGCUGUGAACCAAUUCCUGUAUCUGUGAGAGAAGUUUCUAUAUUUUCAGUAUUUUUUUUUUUUUUUACAUUUUUGUUAUUUUCCCAACUGGUAUAUAUGUUAUCAACUGGAGAGAGAGGGAGGUAAAUCUUGACAGGGCUUCCAUUCUGAUCAAUCAGUAAGAGACAUAAAAUAUUUUAAUUAUUAACUGAUGUUGAUUUACAAUGAGAUAGUUCCCUCAAGCAGGGAAUAGCGUGUAAAAUACAGUACAACAUAGAACAUUAAGUUCUAUAGUCCUAUAUAUGUACUACGUAUAUACAUAUACAGGACUAUAGAACAUUAAAAAGGAUUUAGUUACUAGCACCUGUGAUUAAGUCAGUUCAUUUGAGUAGGUAAUUUUAACUUCUGUUGUUGUUUUUUUAUGCCCCCGGCAUCUACUGAUGCGGGAGGCAUAUAGUGAUUGUCCUGUUUGUUCAUCUGUCCAUCCAUACGAGGUUAACCAAAUGGGACCGUUUCGUCUAGCAUCAAUACCCCUAACUAGAAUGACUUGAUACUAAUGCAGAUGUAACCUGUGACCAUUCCUCAUCUUCAGACAUCACCUGACCUCAGUUUGACCUUGACCUCGUUUUGGACUUGGGUUGCUUUGUAUCGACAAGGAUGCCAUGCCCAAGGAUGCCACCGGGGGCAUCAAGCAUUUAUUGAACGCAGCUCCUUGUUUUUAAUCUCAAGUAGGCUAUUGGUCCAUAUUAUUUUGUUAAGAUAUUCAUGUAAUGUUAGAAAUUACCUAUAUUUCUCCCUAUAAUUUUUUGUGGAAAAGUUGGUUGACGUUUGUGUUGUCUUAUUUCAUUAAAACAUUCCCUCAUGUUAGAAUUAGAGAAAAUAUUAUCAGAUUUGUUAUUCUUGUCACAGUAUUAGAUAUUUGAUACAACAAUGAAAUUUUUUGGUACAUACAACAUUGUUACCCUAAAAAAAUCUUUACUCUUGGCCUACUAGUACCGGUAUAUGCAAAUGUCAAGUUUCCUUGUGCUGUAAUAGUGGUUAACAUUCAAUGCAUGCAUGUAGGUAUGCAGUAUAUAGAUGCGCUUCCAUAGAUGUCUUUUCAUAUUGAAUUCAUGAAACAAGUUUAAUAAAAUGCCCAGCUCUGUUAAGCAUUUUAUCAUUUUUACUCAGAGUGUGGAAAGACACAAAUGCAAGAAUCUUUUCGUCACGGUGUUAGCUUUUUCAAAGGAAACGCAAAGAUAUUAUUUUUCUUUACCUGUUAUAGACAAAGCUAGUCUAUACUUUAAGUGACAUUAGCAUCAAAUUUUACAAUGCAGGUGUAAUACCAAAAGUAUGCCAUGGCAUAUUAUCACUACUAUUGGGUCAAAUAUAAACCCAUAUCAUUACAAUGUAAUAGUAACCAUCUGCUUUAAUUGUCCAGUAAACGGGAUCUCAGAUGUACAUGUAUGUCUUGCUGGUACUGAACUACAAAGUGGGUAUAAAUUUUAGUUGUAGCCAAUAGAAAUAGCUGAAACAAAAAGAAAAUUUGUUUGUAUUACGCAUAAGCUUGAACUCCGGAAAACCAAAUCUUACAGUUUUAACUUCUGGCUGUGCCACUGAUGAAAAUAUUGCUUCUGUGGUUCACACAUUGAAAAAAUAUUUUGAUCAUACUCUGAAGCAAACCAAUAUCCACUUAUUUAUUAGGUUAAGUUUUGCAGUGUUGUGAAUUUUAACAUCACAGGCACUGACUGAAUUAUACACAAAACAUUCUGCACAUAUAUGUACCCAUACACCUAUGAAAUGACAUCCUUUUGGAUUAAUUAUGUGUUACCACUCUGCAAAAACUGUUUUCUUUCGUACACUUAAAGAUAGCAUAUAAACAGUUUCCAGUUUUCGCUAUGUUUAAUUUCAAAUAAUUACAUCUUGUAUUACAAUUAUAUACAAUUUACACAGUGGUGCUCAAUUAUGUAUUGUUAAGAUAGUAAAACUUUGAUAUUUAUGUUUGUUGUAAAUAUGCUAUGUGUUUUGAGAAAAGAAAAUAUAAGAAUAUUUUUUAGAAAAUCUUGGAAAAACUAUCACUACAGUAUUGUCUUGUUCUUUAAUUUUAAAAUUUCAUUUAAAAUGAUGUGUUUGAGUUUAUUUAACCUUUACCCUGCUGAUGGCAAUUGAUUCUGCCUUUGCGACCAGUGCAGACCAAGAUCAGCCUGUACGUCCGUGCAGUCUGAUCAUGGUCUGCAGUGUUCGCUAUUCAGUCGGUAAAUUUUCAGUGAACACCCCUUCGAACAAUGAAUGAUACUGCCCAAAUUGAAUGAUGGACCAGUCCAUUUUAGAAAUUUAGCAGGGUAAAUGUUAAUGAUGUGUUUGGUUUUAUUAGCUCACCUGUCACAAAGUGACAAGGUGAGCUUUUGUGAUCACGCGGUGUCCGUCGUCCGUGCCUCCGUCCGUAAACUUUUGCUUGUGACCACUCUAGAGGUCACAUUUUUCAUGGGAUCUUUAUGAAAGUUGGUCUGAAUGUUCAUCUUGAUGAUAUCUAGGUCAAGUUCGAAACUGGGUCACGUGCCUUCAAAAAGUAGGUCAGUAGGUCUAAAAAUAGAAAAACCUUGUGACCCCUCUAGAGGCCAUAUAUUUCACAAGAUCUUCAUGAAAAUUGGUCAGAACGUUCACCUUGAUAUCUAGGUCAAGUUCGAAACUGGGUCACGUGCCAUCAAAAACUAGGUCAGUAGGUCUAAAAAUAGAAAAACCUUGUGACCUCCCUAGAGGCCAUAUAUUACAGAAGAUCUUCAUGAAAAUUGGUCAGAACGUUCACCUUGAUGAUAUCUAGGUCAGGUUCGAAACUGGGUCACAUGCGAUUAAAAACUAGGUCAGUAGGUCAAAUAAUAGAAAAACCUUGUGACCUCUCUAGAGGCCAUAUUUUUCAUGGGAUCUGUAUGAAAUUUGGUCUGAAUGUUCGUCUUGAUGAUAUCUAGGUCAAGUUCAGAACAGGUUCGUGUGCGGUCAAAAACUAGGUCAGUAGGUCGAAAAAUAGAAAAACUUUGUGACCUCUCUAAAGGCCAUACUUGUGAAUGGAUCUCCAUAAAAAUUGGUCAGAAUGUUCACCUUGAUGAUAUCUAGGUCAAGUUUGAAACUGGGUCACGUGCCUUAAAAAACUAGGUCAAUAGGGCAAAUAAUAAAAAAAACCUUGUGACCUCUCUAGAGGCCAUACUUUUCAUGGGAUCUGUAUGAAAGUUGGUCUGAAUGUUCAUCUUGAUGAUAUCUAGGUCAAGUUUGAAACUGGGUCAACUGUGGUCAAAAACUAUGUCAGUAGGUCUAAAAUUAUUAAAAUCUUUUGACCUCUCUAGAAGCCAUAUUUUUCAAUGGAUCUUCAUGAAAAUUAAUCUGAAUGUUCACCUUGAUGAUAUCUAGGUCAGUUUCGAAACUGGGUCACGUGCGGUCAAAAACUAGGCCAGUAGGUAUAAAAAUAGAAAAAGCUUGUGACCUCUCUAGAGGCCAUAUUUUUCAUGACAUCUUCAUGAAAAUUAGUGAGAAUGUUCAUCUUGAUGAUAUCUAGGUAAAGUUCAAAACAGGAUCACGUACCUUUGAAAACUAGGUCAAUAGGUCAAAUAAUAGAAAAACCUUGUGACCUCUCUAGAGACCAUAUUUUUCAAUGGAUUUUCAUGAAAAUUGGUCAGAAUUUUUAUCUUGAUAAUAUCUAUGUCAAGUUCAAAACUGGGUCACAUGAGCUCAAAAACUAGGUCAUUAUGUCAAAUAAUAGAAAAAACGACGUCAUACUCAAAACUGGGUCAUGUGGGAAGAGGUGAGCGAUUCAGGACCAUCAUGGUCCUCGUGUUUAAUAAGUAACACUGUUUUAUUCCCAAAACAUGGUGGCAGCAGUAGAUGAUGUUUGUGUAUCCUAAAUAUAACCCGCAGUAUUAAUGUAGUGGUUCUACUUUCUAUAUACUUGUGUUAGGCAUAUCCCUGUGUUCACAUUCUUCUGUAGAUUACAGGUGUGUAACUGACAGUAACAAAUGUCCGAGGUAGAACUACUUUCUUCACAUUCAUAGAUAUGGUGGUUGUGAUGUAAACUGGAGUUUUACCUAAUACUAGUCAGUGAAACCUCGUAUAGAAAUGUGAAUUGAUGUAUGUUUUUCAAAACAAUUGUAUCCAUUAUUUAUGUUAUGAACAUUUAUCGUAACUGUUUAAACAUGUUUGUUAGAAACAUGCAUAAUAUAUGUGACUAUCAGUUUCUGGUUUAUGAGGUUGAAUAUUUAGUUAUUUAAGUAAAGAAAAUCACUGUAGAGAAUCUUUUACAUAUUGUUUGAAGAUUUAUUGACGGGUUCACUUCACGUAAAAAUAUAUCUGGUUUUGAACAGCAAAAUUAGACUUGAUCAGUGUUUUGUGAACAUAUUUGUCCAAAUUUGCUGUGUUUUGAAUUUAGACACUACAGAUACUUACUUUAGUCUAUAUGUCAGAAAUCACAAUCUCUUUAUUACCUAAAAAACCUUAGUACUUAGACUUUUUUAUUUUAUGUCAUUUCUUUCAUAAAUGACCAAUAAAAGGGCUACUUUGUUGAAUGUUUGACUGAAGAAUAGACAGAGAAUUUCUUUUUACAGUUUGUGCAAUUUCAGCAUAAUUUGCAUCUUGCAUGUUUUAUGUUUUUACAUAGCUAGUCUUUUAAUACCAAAAUGGUUCUUGUAGUAAAGUUUAGUUCAGCUUGUUACUGUCCAAGGUGAGAAUAGUAAACAAAGAUUUUAUGGAGUUAUAGAAUGUGGUGUAUGGUAUCAAAUGCACUCUCAUUUAAAAACAUAAAGCUAAAUGAUUAAAAUCUUACUACAACUCUUUACAACCAGAGAUCUCGUGACCAAGUUGCUUUCCAUAAUAAAUGUCCAGACACUUGUCAGUUUUAAAUUAAAAAAAACAUUUAAUUACUUGAUCAGUGUGAUAAGUGAUUUAAGAGGAAUGGUUAUGAUUCUGAGGGUUAUUAUAUUUCAUUAGAUUGAGUUUCAAUACACAGUUAAAACUUGAUAUCUCGAACUUGCUUAUCUACAAAUUCUGGCAGUCUCAAUUACAUUUUCUUGUCUGGUCCCAAAACCCUGUGCACAAAAUAUCAUUUAAAGUUGAAUUAUGUUUAUCUCAAAAUAAAAGGCGCGACUCUUGGAAAUGAGGCUUGUAGUUUAAAAAUAAGAUAAUCCAUUCCUGCUAUCAAGGUGCAGAAAGAUCCAUUUUACCUAUAUAUUCUUCAUUAUUUUAGAAAUAUAUUUUAUCAUCUUUAGUGAUAGGCAUGAUACAAUGCAUAUUACAUUAUUUCCUUUAUAAGGUGUGUCCAUUUAAAGAUAUUUUGUUUAUGAUUUUGUAUUGUUGAAACACUAAUAAAACCCUAUUUGAUAAUUGUA